CGCGCCUGGGGAGGCUGUUUGGCGCGAGCGGCUUGAUGCGUCGGCGCGAGGCCCCGGCUUGCUCCGCCCGCCAGCUCGACUCUAUAUGGGGGAUAGGCUUCAUGGAGUUCUACUUCUGAAAUCUUUAAACCAACCUUGCCAGAUGGAUGUGUGGAAGACAACUAAGAUUUGGUGGAUUCAACUAAAUAUUCUUUUAGAGUCAAUUGCUUUUUCUAUUGGGGUGUGUGGCUUUUUUUUAAAAUAUCCCACAAAGAGUUAAUGUUUGUGUCUUGAGGAUACCUGACAUUUAGCAAUCUUAUAACAUCUAUCUGUAUGUCACCAGCAUUUCCCAUGCUAACAGUUCUGAGCAUGUUUUACUAUAUUUGCCUUCGGCGCCGAGCCAGGACAGCAACAAGGGGAGAACGGAUGAACAAUCGGAGAGCAAUUCAAUCACACAGAGCCUCACCUAUCAAUGUCGAAUUAAUCCAAUAUGCCAAAGAGGUGUUGGAUUUCAGUUCACAUUAUGGCAGUGAAAACAGCAUGUCAUACACCAUGUGGAAUUUGGCUGGAACUCCUAAUGUCUAUCCUAGCUCUGGGGACUUUACACAGACUGCUGUAUUUAGAACUUAUGGAACAUGGUGGGAAAUGUGUCCUAGUGCACGAUUACAUUUUACAAGAACACCCCGCAAUUUCCAUAGUCAAGACUACGUAGAGCUUGCUUUUGAGGAACCAGUUUAUCCUACAGCAAUACAUGUUUUGGAAACAUAUCAUCCUGGGGCUGUUGUUAGGAUUUUGGCAUGUUCUGCAAGUCCUUAUUCCCAAAAUCUGCCCACCGAAGUAAGGUGGGAAAUCCUUUGGGCCGAGUCACCUUCCAAGGUGAAUUCACCUCAGGCGCGCCGUUUUACACCUAGUAUCAAACAGAUAAACUUUCCUACAAACCUAAUUCGUUUGGAAAUAAACAGUUCCCUUCUGGAUUAUUACACUGAAUUGGAUGCAGUAGUAUUACAUGGCUUACGAGAGAGGCCUGUGCGUUCACUUAAUACUUCAAUUAUUGAUAUGAAUGAUCUGGAUGAUGAUGAUGAAGAUGAUGAAGAUGAAGAAAGUGAGAGCGAGAGCUGCAGCAUGGAUAGUCUUAAUAAGCAGUUUGGUGCUGCUGCCUUCAGGGAAUGCUCAACUAAUGGAUACUUUGAUAAAUUGCCUUAUGAGCUCAUCCAGUUGAUUUUGAGUCACCUUACAGUCCCAGAUCUGUGUCGAUUAUCACAGACAUGUAAGCUGUUUUAUCAACACUGCUGUGAUCCUCUGCAGUACAUUCACCUCAGUUUGCAACCUUAUUGGGCAAGGAUAAAUGACACAGCUCUGGAAUAUCUACAGUCUCGCUGUAUCCUUGUCCAGUGGCUGAAUUUAUCUUGGACUGGGAACAGAGGAGCCAUUUCUCUUUCUGCUUUUAGCAGGUUCCUGAAGGUUUGUGGUUCUGAACUGUUGCGCCUAGAGUUGUCCUGUGGCCAUUUCCUCAAUGAGGCUUGCUUGAAGGUUAUUGCUGAGACAUGUUGGAAUCUUCAGGAAUUAAAUCUCUCCUCCUGUGAUAAGCUACCACCUCAGGCUUUCAACCACAUUGCCAAAUUGUGCAACCUUACGCGUCUAAUUCUUUAUCGAACAAAAGUGGAGCAAACAGCACUGCUCAGCAUUCUGAACUUCUGCUCAGAACUUCAGCACCUUAGCCUGGGAAGCUGUGUAAUGAUUGAAGACUAUGACACAGUAGCUAGCAUGAUGGGAGCCAAGUGCAAAAAACUUAGAACGCUGGACUUAUGGCGAUGUAAAAACAUUACUGAAAAUGGAAUAGCAGAGCUAGCCGCUGGCUGUCCACUGUUGGAGGAACUUGAUCUUGGCUGGUGCCCGACACUUCAGAGCAGCACUGGCUGCUUCGCAAAACUUGCACGUAAACUCUCAAACUUGCAAAAGCUUUUUCUGACAGCCAACAGGUCUGUGUGUGACUCUGAUAUAGAAGAACUUGCUGCAAAUUGUACUAAUCUUCGACAACUUGAUAUUUUGGGCACAAGAAUGGUGAGCCCUGCUUCUUUAAGAAAAUUGCUGGAGUCUUGUAAAGAUCUUUCCUUACUUGACGUGUCCUUCUGUUCACAAAUUGAUAAUAGAGUUGUCCUAGAACUGAAUGCCAACUUUCCAAAUGUGCUCAUCAAGAAGAGCUUUACUCAGUGACUCAGUUCAUAUGCUGCUAUAUGGAAUUGAUUUGACAAUUCUGCUUCCUGAGUAUUUAUGAUUGACUUUUUUUCAAAGAAAAAAUAUCCUGUGAAUAAUGGGGAAAAGGUUAACUUUUCUUGAUAUGAAGGUUAAAUGCGAAAUCAAGGAUUUAAAUUGUAACGAGCCAUUAUUCCAUGCACUGUACUUGGCAAGUUAGGGUCCCUGUUUGAAAUCGAAAGAAUAAUGUAAAUGUAAGAUGGCAUCCAGUUAAAUGUCUAUUAAAGAGCAUUUAAUAUUACUUCGAUAUUAACAUCAAAAUAAAUGGAAGAUGUAAAUAGAAUUCCACUUUAAGUUUUAGUAUUGGCCUUUAAUGGGCAAAUGUACUUUGGCCAUAGUUGGAACUCAAAUGUUUCAAGUGCAAAUAAGUAUGCAACUCAUUUCUUCUAACAACAGUGAUUUGAUAGCUCCUUUAAAUCUGAUAUUUGUGGUGAGGGAUUUGCCAUUUCCAAUAAAAAAAAGAACAGUUACGUGUCUAUCCAUCUUAGAAUUUUAUGUUUAUCAUACGAUAAAGGGAACUUGUGAGGCUGAAAAUAGUAGCUACACAUUUUUAUCUCUUUCCCCUGAUGAUAUCUGACAAUACAAAAUGUGUGGAUGAUAUCAGCAGGCAGAUUCCCCCCCACCCCCAGUCCCGUUCCAUUUCAUUGGACUGGUCAUUGUGUUGGUGGAAAAACUCUCUCUCUCUCUCUGCAGUGACAUCCAGUUGUGUAUUAUUCGAUUAAUUUAGAAUAGAAGAAGCAGAAUAGCCACACUGCUUUUUGGUUGGCCUUCCAUUGCUUCCAACUUGAUCCUUGGUACAAGAUACACAAUUUAGUUGGGCUUUUUGUCUGUUGCAAUAAUGUGUCAGGGUUUUGAAAGCAAGCGUAUUUUGCAUCGUGUGACUUCUGAUUAGGAUUACCAACUUUAAUCAAGGUGAUUAAUAAACUACACUUGAAGUUACAGAUAAAACAAAUUAGCCCCAGUUAAUCAGUGAGUUUUCAACAAGUGAAGAUCCUGGGAUUUUUAAAGAGUCUGCUACUAUGCACAUUAUACAUGUUCCAUUUUCAGAAAUGGAGACCAGAUUUUUUGUGUACUGUCCACGCACAGUCUUUCUGUACUGUUCAGUUCAUGCUUAAGUUAUUCCAUAUGUUGGUUUGCUUGCAUAUACGGUCACCAGAAUAAAAUAGAGAGGGUGUGCGUGUGUAUGCCAUUCCUUAAAAUGUUUAAAUAUGAAAAUAGUACUUUGGUGACUACUCUAAAUUUGUUCUGUAAAAAUAAUUUUUAUUUUGCAUUUUUAAAAUGUGUUUUUAUAAAUAAUAUAUAUUCAGUGUAAUUAAGAAUUACAUUUGUACAUACCUGUUACAGAAGAGUUCGCUCCUUUGGACUGUAUAUAUUUACACAUUUUAAUAUUUUAAAAUAAGCCUUGUUUUACGUAGCUCAGGGUACGCAUGGAUAUGUUUCCUUUAAAGAAAAAACACAUGAAUAUGUCUAAUUGUAAGUAUUAUUACAACUAUUGUGGUUAAAAUGUGUGCCUUUCCUUUUUACAAUCAACAGAACAUAUAAGGACACUUAUGCAGACACUGCGUGUCAUUGAAAUCAAUGAAGAAAGUGUGUUUAUGGUGCAACUGUCUUUGUUUACAUCCCAGAGCAAUUGAUUACCCUGGUCACAAAAAAACAGGACUAGGGUCACAAAAAUUUUCCAAGAAUGAAUUAAACUUUAUUUGGACACUUUU